CGUUGUAGAUUGUACGACUCGACUGCUACGGAAUUACUUAUCAUGUAAAUUGGUUUAUUGCCCAGAACGUAGUUUCCCUGUCCUAACUAAUUAUCACUGUAGAUCUGUAGUAGGCCCCUGCCCUUACCUUUUCUUGUUGUAUCUUGAAAUAGAGCGAAAAUGUCCAGAGUUUACCGUGCAUUAGUAGCGGUUGGGGACAGGGCUGUGCCCGCAAAACUUAGACCACUUUGGGAACACGAAGCUGGUCCGAAAACUGUCUUUUUCUGGGCACCUGCAUUCAAAUGGGCUUUGGUGUUGGCUGGUCUGGGUGAUUUGAAUCGGCCCGUUGAGAAACUGUCCGUGCCACAGUCGGCAUCACUAGCGGCCACUGGGCUCAUCUGGUCCCGGUAUUCACUUGUCAUCAUCCCGAAAAACUAUAGUCUAUUUGCCGUCAAUGUCUUUGUAGCAAUCACAAGUAUAUACCAGUUAGGAAGGGCCUACAACUACCAGCAAGCACUCAAAAAACAGGAAGGAAAAUGAAGAAAUAGAUUUUUAGUCAAAUGGGGUUUAAAUCUUGAAACUAGUUUAGCAGGGGUAUUGAGUAGCAUUAAAGUUAUUUAUUUAUUAUUUUAUAAUAGGUAGUAUAAAUUCAAUUAUAAAUUAAAGACUUCUAAUUCUACUUAUCAAGGGUUAUAGAAAGGAUUUACUCCA